AUGCCCAAGGCUGGACAUCAUAAUUUUCGAAACGUUAAUAUGGGAGGGAUUUUUCAGAGAUCGAUCUUGAAAAUCCAGAAACCGAAGCUACCACGACCCAGCAAACAUAUGCUGCCCCCAGUCCCUCGAAGCAUCGACAGUGACGCUACCCACAUCACCCAGUCUUGGAUCUGGCCGAGGAUCGCCGAUUUUAUGCGACCUAAUGACCUUGCAGUGGUGGAAGCUGGCACGGCACAAUUUGGCAUGCCGGACAACAUCCUCCCCGACUGA